GGGAGCCCUGACCAAUAGCAAAGGCGGAAUUUUUGAAAUCUGACAACUGUAAACUGCUAAAAGGCAGAGAGGAGUUACUAAUGUCACAGCACUGAGACCAUUUUGCGCCUCUUUUUCGAACAUGGGCGACCUCUCUACGCCAGUGAGCCAAAGAUUUGGAAGUCGCUUAUGCGAGGAGGCCGAAAUGUCACCCUACAAUGAGUCUCCUUUCAUGAUUCCUCCAUCUCCUUUCAUGACACGACUCGGUCAUGGCACGGGUGUUUCGGUUUAUCGAUUCAAACGCGAACCGAGCAACAACAGCAUUAGAUCGCCUUGGGCCGUGAAAAAAGUAAAUAAGAAGGCAAGAUCAGGGAUAAGCGAACGACUCGCUCUAGAAGCAAGCAUUUUGAAACAACUGAAGCAUCCAAAUAUUGUCGGUUUUCGUGCCAUCUCGGGGAGUGUGGAUGGCGAUCUCUGCCUUGCAAUGGAAGACUGCGAGAGAGCUCUCGAAGACAUUAUCGAAGAAAAAGCGUAUCUGGAAGAAGAUUUCACUUACGAUGAAAUGCUGAAAGUUUCUUGGUCUGUUGCCAAUGCCUUGAGUUAUAUACACAACGAAAAAAAGAUCCUCCAUGGCGAUAUCAAAAGUGGUAAUGUUCUUAUAAGGGGUGAUUUUGAGGCUGUCAAACUGUGCGAUUUUGGAGUGGCGCUGUGGUUGAAUGAUGAUCUGAGCGGACUGAAAAAUCCUGGAGGUAGAUACAUCGGCACAGAGCCGUGGAAAUGUAAGGAAGCUUUGAAGGGGGGAGUUAUCACAGAUAAGGCAGACAUCUUUGCUUAUGGUUUAUUAAUCUGGGAGAUGCUAGCUUUGAAUGUACCUCAUGUGGACUUGCUUGCAG